UGAUAUAGUAGUGAAGAAAUGGAUAAGUUCAAGAUGCUUCUGCGCCUCACAUGGACAUCUUCAUUAUUCAACCGUUGCUGUUAAGGUGCUUCCACAUCUAUUCUUCACUUUGAAAAGUGAGAUGAAGUCCUAAAGUUGGCGAUAUGCUGACACUGCUACUCAGUUGCAGUUGCACAAGCAUAAUGCGGUCCAGAAAUAAGGAGCUCCAUCCAUGCUUCGAAAGCUGCUGUGUAGAGAAUAUCAUGAGGAGGGGGAAUAUAUAAACACCUCUCUUCACCACCUCUACGAACAUCAUCAACACACAGUACACUCACAGCACACUCACAGCAAGCAGUCAGUUCACUAUCUCUAUCACACAACCAACACUACCAUUCCAACCAACCCCACCAAACAAUCACCAUGCACUUCACCCCACUCCUUCUUCUCAGCCUCCUCGGCCCCGCCCUCGCAACACCAACCGUCUAUUCAACCCGCGACACAGACGACAACGACAGCAUCGACGGCCCCACAACCUGGACGCAAUCCGAGCUCGUAGAAGUAAACAACGCCGUCCAGUCCUGCAGCACCGACUGCGGCGACGCGGCUGUGGACGCCGUGUGCGCUGUUGCUUUAAUCAUUUUUGACGAUUAUGAAGGCGUGGCUAAUUGUUUUGGGGGUGUGAAAUCGGUGAGUUGUUGAGAUGAAGGGGAGUGGGAAAUUGAGGGGUGAGGGCUAAUGUUUGGGGACAUAGUUAUGUGAGUGUGUUGUUUGUGUG